UUUGAAUUUCAAUUUUUCUCUCCAUAUAUCAUCAUCCCUCUCUCAACUCUGUCUAUUUGCACUCUUAACUCUCCCCCCUAAACCCUUGUCUUCACAAUUUUUUUCUACCUUCCCCUGUCUCCUUUGAUCUCUUCUAUUGCUCCGAUCGAGCGCCGCCGUUGACAUGACUUCUCCCCCGCCUUUCCACCAGUACGACAACCAAGACGACCCCCUGGCCCUAACCCUUGGUCUUCCCCACAGUUCUUGGACGACAACGCCUGUGCCGCCCCCACAACAAAUCACAAUUCCACCGGUAGCUUCCUUUCAAUCACAGCCACCCUAUGGGUUGGUAUGGACACGCCCAUAUCUUCCUGAGUAUUCAUCUCAAAUGGAGAACCCUAAUCUUGCUUUCAAUCAAGAUAUGGCGGGACCUUCUUCUCGCUCGCGUCAGGGACGUAGAGCCCGCAGUAAGACUCGUGGUGAUGGGAAAAGCGAAACCAUACCUCCGUCAUAUCCAUGGGCACAGAACCGGCGAUCCAUGAUUCACAGCCUUGAGUAUCUAUUGUCUAAGGGAAUAACUAAGAUCUCAGGCGAAGUUAAGUGCAAGAGGUGCGACAAACAAUAUGAGAUGGAAUACGAUUUGGUGGAGAAGUUCAGGGAAAUUGCUUUGUACAUAUCGAGGAACAAGAGCAGCAUGCACACCCGGGCACCCUCAGAGUGGAUGAAUCCGACACUGCCAGAUUGUGAAAUGUGCGAUCAGAGCAACUGCGUGAGGCCAGUUCUUACUAAGAAAAGAUCGAUAAACUGGCUAUUUUUGCUGCUUGGGAAAAUGUUGGGGUGUUGCAAGCUCUCGGAAUUGAAGUACUUCUGCAAGCAUACUGAGAAUCACAGGACAGGGGCUAAAGAUAGGGUUCUUUAUCUUACCUAUUUGGGAUUGUGCAAACAGCUAGAUCCCUCCGGACCUUUUGAUAUUGAUCUUUGAAUAUCAAUUUUUAAUCAUUAGUCCAUUAUUUUCUAGGUUCAUAAUUGUUCUAGUCCUGGAUUUCAAUUUGGGAUUUAAUAGCUGUUUAAUGUAGACUUAGUAAGUUUUAUGGAUUUUGCCCUUUUACUUUCAAAUGCUUUUAAAUUGGUAGUCAUUUGGUGGUCUUUGAUUUUGCACUGAUGGUUUUGUGUACUCAAUGUUUGUUAAAAGUUGUGCAUUUUCUAUUUUUCGGUUUAAAGAUUGAUUUUUAAUCAAUUCAACUAGUUGUU